AAAGGGCAAAGAUAUGGUGUUGUCGGUAAACUUUUGGCAACUCUGAAGAAACGUGAAGCUGAAGGUCAAUGGGUUGUUGUGACAUCCUCUAAAACCUGCAGCCUCUGUUUCUAUGAUGAUAUGCAAAUUGUUGAUAAUCCAGACUCAAGGGUACCGGCGUUCUUCAUUGCAAGCAAUGUCUAAAGCUAUGGCAGAGAGACGUUAACGCCGCUAUCAAUACGAUGACCAUCUCUCGAGCAGUUUGGUAUGGAGCCGGAAGACCCGACGUUUUCAUGCCAGCGAAGAAGAAGAAAUUAUCGCCGUAAUAAAAACGGUUUUCCUUACAUUUUGAGGAUUCAGAUCAUUAC